AUGAAUCGUUUUGCUGAUAUUGAUUUAACAUUCAACAAGUUGUCACCUGUUUGUGGUUAUCAUAAGCAAAAACUCGUUUCUCUUGACGAAGCAUUGAAAUCAAUCGAAUCACAAAUCGACGAUCUAUCCCGUUAUGUUAAAAUGGCGAAAAGAUACUGCAAAUACCCAUCAGAACAUGGAUUAACACGCGAUGAAUCCGCAUCGAUUUACAUUUAUACGAUGGAAUGGGAUGAAACAAGUUUAUAUCGAGUUUUAAAUCGUGCACUACGUGAUGCAAACAGAGAAAUAGUUAAAGUUUGGUUUCCAUAUUUAAAAUUAUUGGAUUCAGCUUUAGAAAAAUUACCAACAGUAAAAGAAGUCGUAUGGCGUGGCGUGUCGCUCGAUAUUGGAAAGAGUUUUGUCAAGAACCAAGUUUUAACAUGGUGGACGGUCAACUCAUGUUCGUCAUCAGUGAAUGUGAUUAAAAAGUUUUUUGGAAACGAAACCAAUUAUACGCUUUUCAUGAUCCAAGCUCUUAAUGGAAAGAACGUGUCUGGUUAUACAGCUUACGAAGAUGAAAAUGAAAUUAUUUUACCCAUUGGUUCACAAUUUCGUGUUAAAAGUGAUUCAUUAGAACAAUCCAAUCAAUCGUAUCUUGUUCAUUUAAUUGAGAUCGAUGAUAAUGAUGAUCAAGACACAUUGACAAUGACGAACAUCUAUACAACAAUGAAUAAACUGAGUAUAACAAACGUGCCGAAAGCUCAUAUAGAUCCGCAGAGUAAUAUUAUAUGGGUAGAUUCGAAUCCUGACAUUUCGAAAUGGACUGGACCAUUUGAAGUUAGAAAUUGGCGUGUCGCGUGUUUCAAUGAAACAGCGGACGCAUUAAACGCACUCGAAGGAGGUCAACUGAAAGCGAACAACAUUGACUGUGUGAUUACGAGCAUGAUGGAACGAGAUGGACGGCGUGAACGGGGUCUUGUCAAUGGUCUCGAAAUGCUACAGAGAAUGAAAACUACUUUGGAAAAGGUUGGAAUUACAUCGAAACCACUUUUAGCUGUGGUUAGCUGCACAGCUGACAUGGAAACAUGUAAAAAAUAUGGUGUGGAUAUCGUCGUCAUUGGCAAUUAUACAAUUCUGCAAAAGCAAAUUAUCACUGAACUUACUAAGCGUAUGAAAAAAUAG